GAGUUUUGUUUACAAACAACGGCGACAGCGGGAAGGCCUGACGUUUCAAGCCUUGUGAGAGACUCUGAGCUGGCCAAGGAGCCCCGAUAAGGCAGCCAAGAUGGAUUUGGACAGUGGCAUUCCCUCCUUGGAUGCCCUGCCCCUUAUGGAUGAGGAUGACAUGAUGGAUGCUAUAAGACUGUUGUCCAUAAAGAGAGACCAAUUGCUCAACAAAAUAGAGACCAAGAGCAUGGAAGCUGAUGCGUGGAUUCAGAUCCUCAACUGCUCUACCUGUCUCAGAACUGGAGGUCCUUGCCGAGUCACUGCCAUACACCGUUCAAGCCACGCCCAAAGAACAGGGACAGCUUCAAGACUACCAAAAGCAUACGACAGAGGCUCAGGCCGCUCUUUUCUUGGUUUGGCUUCACUCACAUGGUCCAGUUUUUAUAAAGUUAUAGAUAUUAAGAGGUCAUAG